AUGGUAGAGAGACUCUGUACAAGAAAGGAUGGUAGUCACUGCAGAGAAAACUUCAGCCAGAUUCCAAAUCAUAAUGAAAAGAAGGAAAUUCCUGAAAUAAAACAUCCUAAAUGCAGGUUGUGUAGGCAAUUCUUCAUAAGUUAUUUAUCCUUGAAUAACUACCUAAGCUCUCACAUUGGAGCCAAACUGUAUCUGUGUCAAGAAUAUGAAGAAAGCCCUUAUAAAUGUAAGGAACCUGAGGAAGCUUUCAGGCAUCACCAACAUAUUCAAAGCCCUGAAGGCAGCCCCAGUGGGAAAACUUUCCAAUAUUCAACUUCCCUUGGAAAUCAUGAAAGAACACAUAUUGCUGGGAAACUGUAUGAGUGUAAGCAAUGUGGGAAAGGCUUUAGUCGUCUCAUUUACUUUAAACUUCACAAGAACACUCAUAGUGGAGAGAAACCAUAUCAAAGUAAGCAACGUGGCAAAACUUUCAGUUCUCCCAAUUCUCUUGGAAAACAUAAAAGAAGUCAUGCUGGAAAGAAGCCUCAUGAAUGUAAGGAAUGUGGUAAAACAUUCCAUCAUCGAUAUUCCCUUAGAAAUCAUGAAAGAACUCAUACCGGGGUAAAAAGCUAUGAAUGUAAGCAUUGUGGUAAAGGCUUCUAUUAUCAAUCUUCUCUCCAAAGUCAUGAAAGAACUCAUACUGGGGAAAAACCCUAUCAAUGUAAGAAAUGUGGGAAAGCCUUUAGUUCCAGCAGCUCUCUUGCAAAUCAUAAAGUAAGUCAUGACGAAAAGAAGCCUCAUGAAUGUAAGGAAUGUGGUAAAACUUUCCUUUAUCACUGUUACCUUAGAAUUCAUGAAAAAACUCAUACUGGGAAAAAACCCUAUGAAUGUAAGCAAUGUGGUAAAGAUUUCUUUUAUCGAACUUCCCUGUAUCGUCAUGAAAAAACUCAUACUGGGGUAAAACCCUAUGAAUGUAAGCAAUGUGGGAAAGCUUUCUUUUAUACACAUUCCCUCCAAAGUCAUGAAAGAACUCAUUAUAAGGAAAAACGCUAUGAAUGUAAGCAAUGUGGGAAAGCUUUCAGAUAUUCCAUAUCUCUUAGAAAUCAUGAAAAAAAUCAUACUGUGGAGAAACCUUAUGAAUGUAAGCAGUGUGGUAAGACUUUUCGUUUUUCCAAAUCUCUUAGAAAUCAUGAAAGAAUGCAUAUUGCUGAGAAACCGUAUGAGUGUGAGCAAAGUGUGAAAGGCUUUAGUCGUCUCAUUGACUUUAAACUUCGCAAAAACACUCAUAGUGGAGAGAAACCAUAUCAAAGUAAGCAAUGUGGCAAAGCUUUCAGUUCUCCCACGUACUCUGGAGAAAGCGAAAGAACACACACUGCUGAAAAGACCUAUCAAUGUAAGGAAUCUGGAAAAGCUUUCAGUUCCACUUCUCUUAGUAAUCAUGAAAGAACACACACUGGUCAGAAACCUUAUGAAUGUGGGAAUGUCUUCAGUUGGCUCAGCUCUCUUGGAAAAUAUAAAAGAAGUCAUGCUGGAAAGAAGCCUCAUGAAUGUAAGAAAUGUGGUAAAAUAUUCCAUCAUCGCUAUUCCCUUAGAAAUCAUGAAAGAACUCAUACUCGGGUAAAAAGUUAUGAAUGUAAGCAUUGUGGUAAAGGCUUCUAUUAUCAGUCUUCUCUCCAAAGUCAUGAAAGAACUCAUACUGGGGAAAAACCCUAUCAAUGUAAGAAAUGUGGGAAAGCCUUCCGUUCCAGCAGCUCUCUUGCAAAUCAUAAAAUAAGUCAUGACGAAAAGAAGCCUCAUGAAUGUAAGGAAUGUGGUAAAACUUACCUUUAUCACUGUUACCUUAGAAUUCAUGAAAAAACUCAUACUGGGAAAAAACCCUAUGAAUGUAAGCAAUGUGGUAAAGAUUUCUUUUAUCGAACUUCCCUAUAUCGUCAUGAAAAAACUCAUACUGGGGUAAAACCCUAUGAAUGUAAGCAAUGUGGGAAAGCUUUCUCUUAUACACAUUCCCUCCAAAGUCAUGAAAGAACUCAUUAUAAGGAAAAACGCUAUGAAUAUAAGCAAUGUGGGAAAGCUUUCAGACAUUCCACUUUUCUUAGAAAUCAUGAAAAGAUGCAUACUGGGAAGAAACCCUAUGAAUGUAAGCAAUGUGGGAAAGCUUUCAGAUAUUCCAUAUCUCUUAAAAAUCAUGAAAAAAUUCAUACUGUGGAGAAACCUUAUGAAUGUAAGCAAUGUGAUAAGACUUUUAGUUUUUCCAAAUCUCUUAGAAAUCAUGAAAGAGUGCAUAUUGUGGGGAAACCAUAUGAAUGUAAGCAGUGUGGGAAAGCUUUCAGAUAUUCUGCAUAUUUUAGAAAGCAUGAAAGAAUGCAUAUUGGGGAGAAAUCCUAUGAAUAUAAGCAAUGUCGGAAAACCUUCAGUUCUCCCAGUUCUCUUGCAACACAUAAAAGAAAUCAUGAAGGACAGAAGCCUCAUGAAUGUAAGGAAUGUGGUAAAGAUUUCUUUCAUCGAACUUCCCUAUAUCGUCAUGAAAGAACUCAUACUGGGGUAAAACCCUAUGAAUGUAAGCAAUGUGGCAAAGCUUUCUUUUAUACAAAUUCCCUCCAAAGUCAUGAAAGCACUCAUAAUAAGGAAAAACGUUAUGAAUGUAAGCAAUGUGGUAAGACUUUUAGUUUUUCCAAAUCUCUUAGAGAUCAUGAAAGAAUGCAUAUUGUGGGGAAACCAUAUGAAUGUAAGCAGUGUGGGAAAGCUUUCAGCUAUUCUAUAUAUCUUCGAAAUCAUGAAAGAAUGCAUACUGGGGAAAAACCCUAUGAAUGUAACCGUUGUGGUAAAGCUUUCUCUUAUCCAAAUUCCCUCCAAUAUCAUAAAAGAACUCAUAAUAAGGAAAAGCCCUAUGAAUGUAAGCAGUGUGGGAAAGCUUUCAGAGAUUCCACUUUUCUUAGAAAUCAUGAAAGGAUGCAUACUGGCGAGAAACCCUAUGAAUGUAAGCAAUGUGGGAAAACCUUCUGUUAUAACAGCUCUCUGAUAUCCUGA